UUUUGAUGCAUAUGAUCACAUCCACGAUGAUCUUUAUGAUUCUGGGGGCUUCUGUGGUGAUGGCGCUCGCGUGUUUAAUGGACAUGAACGCGCUACUGGACCGCUUUCACAACUAUAUCUUACCGCAUUUACGAGGGGAGGAUCGCGUCUGUCAUUGCAACUGUGGAAGGCAUCAUGUGCACUAUGUGAUCCCAUAUGAUGGGGACCAGUCUCUGGUGGACUCCUCUGAGAACUACUUUGUGAGCGAGAGUGUGACCAAGCAGGAGAUGGACCUGAUGCUGGGACUUCUGCUGGGCUUCUGCAUCAGCUGGCUGCUGCUGUGGCUGGAUGGGGCGUUGCACUGUGCCGUCCGGGCCUGGAGGAGCGGCGGACCCUACGAUGGACCUUCCUGGGCAUGGCUUCCGCGUUUUUGCAACCUUCGGGACCUUCGCAGACGUGUGCAGCUGCGGCAGUUGGAGGACUCCAGUGGGAACAUGGUGCACAUCAAGCAGAAAUUGUACCACAACGGUCAUCCAAGCCCCCGACACCUCUGACUCUAAGCACAUGGGCUCCAGUGGCUCAGGGCCCCUGGAACUCCUUAGGGCCCUGCUGGAACUGCCCCAACUGCAAAUGAAAUUGGACAAGCACCUAGACCAAACUGCACACUUGGACUCUCACAGAACAUUUUAAAAUGACUUUUUACAGCCGAACUUGUCUGGACCCGCAAUACCUGGCAGGGGAUGAGAAAAGUUGGGGGUGGGGUGGGCAGAUUUUUUUAAAAGGGCCCUUCUGUACAGAAAAAUUGUUGUUGUGUGUCAUGGAAAUGCACAGGGUGGUCCAGGGAGUCUGCAGUAAAGCCAGGUACUAAGGAGCUUUUUUCAGAUUCAAAUAAGCAGGUAUGUUUUGGAAAGCAUGAUGGGGGGUGUGGGGGAUUAUGGGUUUUGAUGGGGUAGAUUAAUUGUUGUGAGUGUAAAUAGUGAUACAUUCAGAUGGAAGGAAACUAAUUUUUCGUGUAGGUAGGGGGUUGCUAACAAUACUCAUGUGAGAUGGGAAACAGGGUAAUAGAGGAACAGGACUAAACCAACGGAGUCCAGUGAAUGAAUAUGUGACUACGGGAGAGACUGUUGUGGACAAUGUGUAGAUAAUUAGCUUUGUUACUUUGUGACCUAAUGAAUGAGUGUGUUAAUUUUAUUUGUACAAAUGGGGGGAUGAGAAUGGCACUAAGGGUUGUGGGUUCGUCACUGGUACAUACAGAAAGUAACAUCAGCCAGAUUUAGUCAUACCAUCACAAUGGAAGUUCAACUGAAGAAAUACCCCUUUUUUAUUUAUCUCUUUAUUUGACAAUAAAUUACCCUGGGGGCAGACAUGAAAUACUUUGUCUGCCAAUUCUAGUCCUUGGAAAGAUGUGCUCUGGUGUACUCUUCAGCAGUGUAUUUCACAGGCAUAACUGCAAAUUAUAUAACUCCCCUAUACAUAGAUAAAAUACUAAUCACUUUGGAUAAAAGUGUCAGCUAAGAAACAAAAUAGUACAGUUCAUCCUUGCCGCAACAAAAGGUUGCUGGGAGCUGGUCAGGUCAUGUGACUGAGGCUGUCAUUCCACUGUGGUAGAGGUGAUUUUCUUAAAAAAUGUUUUUGAUGUGAUAGUACAGUAAGUGAUCUUUUCAAAAUAUUUUGGCUUCAUUUCUCUGAUUAACCCGCAAUUAUGCAACCACACGAGGAAACUUACUAAUGAACAUGAUGCCACGUUGGAAGAUGGCACAAUACUUACAACAUUUCCAUAUCAAAUCUUCAUUUAUAAUUCUGUAUUUUUUAUGGUACAGUAUUAAAAUUCUAUGCCAGUAAAUUAGUUCAAAUAUUGAAAUAAAGUGAUUUUUUUAACAGUUUUUA